AUGAUAAGGAGAAAGGGAAUCAAGUUUCCAAUAUGUUGGUUGAUAGCUUUGGAAGGAAGCACAGUUACUUGAGAAUCUCCUUGACGGAGCGUUGCAACCUCCGGUGUCAGUACUGUAUGCCGGCGGAAGGGGUGGAGCUAACGCCGUCGCCGCAAUUACUCACCCACAGCGAGAUCAUUCGUUUGGCUAAUCUUUUUGUCGCAUCCGGUGUCGAGAAGAUUCGGCUAACCGGCGGUGAGCCGACCGUCCGGAAGGAUAUUCGGGAUAUUUGCAUGGAUUUGUCUAGCUUGAAAGGGCUUAAGACUUUGGCAAUCACCACUAAUGGAAUCACUCUUGCUAGGCAGCUUCCAUUGUUGAAACAAUGUGGGGUUACCAAUCUGAAUAUCAGCUUAGACACGCUUGUUCCUUCGAAAUUCGAGUUUAUGACUCGGCGUAAAGGGCAUCACAAGGUUAUCAAAUCCAUUAAUUCGGCCAUUGAUCUUGGGUACAACCCUGUGAAAGUCAAUUGUGUUGUCAUGCGCGGUUUUAGUGACGAGAUGUGCGAUUUUGUUGAACUCACUCGUGAGAAACCGAUUAAUGUUCGAUUCAUCGAGUUCAUGCCUUUUGAUGGAAAUGUAUGGAAUGUCAAGAAACUCGUGCCGUAUGCAGAGAUGUUGGAUACUAUGACGAAAAAGUUUCCGGCCCUGAAGAGGUUGCAUGAUCAUCCAACGGAGACUGCAAAGAAUUUCCGGAUCGAUGGCCAUGCCGGUACUGCAUCUUUCAUUACAUCGAUGAGUGAGCAUUUUUGUGCCGGUUGUAAUAGAUUGAGACUUUUAGCUGAUGGCAACUUAAAAGUAUGCCUCUUUGGUCCUUCAGAGGUUAGCUUAAGAGAUCCUCUUCGAUCCGGUGCUGGUGACGACGAACUGAGAGAAAUAAUCGGAGCAGCGGUUAAGAGGAAGAAAGCUGCACAUGCUGGGAUGUUUGACAUUGCAAAGACGGCAAAUAGACCGAUGAUACACAUCGGUGGCUAAGGCAUGAAUGUAAAGAACAUCCUACAGAACCGAAAACAGAGAUGAAUCUGGUAAUUUUCACAUACUGUUCUUCUUGCUUGACAGUAUACAUCUGGGAGAAACAUGUAGUAGUUGAGUUCCCGACGAUCGGGAAAAGUUUUGUUGUAACUUAUUUGUAUUUAUAAUAAGGUCGACCCAUUUCAGCAUCGAGAUCGACACAGCUUUCGACCUCAAAAUCUGU